AUGACUUCGCUCCUCAAGUGGGCUAGGACAACUAUAAAAAGAGGUCGCUCGCCCGUGCUUCGGUUUCCAACAAGUGGGUUCGAAGCAAUCAGGUCGUCACAAAUAUUCGAAGAAGAGCGCUUCGAGGAUUUCAAGAAAGGGCGCUACUAUCCUAUCAACAUCGGUGACGUCUUAGUAUUCAAAUACCAGGUCCUCGGAAAGCUGGGCUUCGGGACCAGCUCCACAGUGUGGCUCGCUCGUGAUCUAGAUGGUCAUCAAUAUGUCACAUUGAAGGUGUAUACAGCGGGUGGAACUGGCCAAGGGGAGGUUCAGACCUACAAAGUUCUGAGUCAAGGGGACAGAUCACAUCCAGGCUAUGCGCAUGUGAGGACUGCAUUAGAUGCAUUCACGAUUCCGCAUAAACGGAGCGGGCAUCAGGGAAGUGAGCAUCACUGUCUUGUCCAAAAACCUAUGUGGGGGAGCUUUCGAGAUUUAAUGUAUCGUGAUCCUGCACAUCGGCUUAGCGAGGAUCUUCUUAAGAGCGGACUUAGGCAGAUCUUCCUGGCACUUGAUUAUAUCCACAAUACAUGCCAGCUCGUCCAUACUGACAUCAAGAGCGACAAUAUUCUCCAAGAACUAGAAGAGGUGUCAAUACUUGACAAGCUUACUGACGCCGAGAUAGCGCAUCCAUCGGCGCGGAAAUCGGUUAACAAUAUGCCAAUCUAUGCCUCUCGACGAUUUAAGUUACCUCAAAAGUUUGGUAGGGCAAUUCUUAGCGAUUUCGGUUCAGCUGUACGGGGUGAUGAAAAGAGGAACCAUGAUGCUCAGCCCGCCGUCUACAGAUCACCAGAAGUCAUGUUAAGGACUGGAUGGAGCUACCCCAUUGAUAUUUGGAAUGUUGGGACUAUGGUAUGGGAUUUGUUUGAAGGUAAACACAUGUUCAUUGGAAUUAACCCUAAUGGCAAGGGUUAUUCAACCCACAUGCACCUCGCUGAAGUAAUCGGAAUACUAGGCCCUCCUCUGGAUUUGCUCAAGCGUGGAGAGCGAAGCCACGAAUUCUUUACUACAGACGAUAUGUUUGAUAGGACACUGGAAGAAUAA